AUGGCGGUCUUGGAAACAGUUAACGAAUUUUUUACCAAGAAACUCAGGACCCCUCCACCUUUCGAGCCAUCUACAUUUGAGACCUGUACGAUCUUUUUGAUGGGUGUUAGCAUUCUGCAGCCUGUUUUCAUCACGCUGGCGGGUACUGGUUUCGCUAUGAGGAGAUUCGGUCUGCCGCCAGAAACUAUUGGUCUCUUCUUGGGCUUCACAUUCUGCUUACAAGAUCUAUUUUGCUUACUUGGCAACGCUGCUACGACUGCACUGACACAGGUGUUCUCGAAACCCCCCCAUGAGAAAUACUGGGAAUACAUUCGAGGUACGUAUGCUAUGACUCUAUGCUGUUUCACAAGUAUUUGGAAUAUUAGACUUCUGUUGGUAUUCGGAACCGGUAUUGGUGAUGCUCAUAUUACCCAAUACUACUGGACUCUUGCGAGCACAGGUUUCCUUUACGGCGCGCUUGAUGGCUGUAUUAGACAAAUCAGUCCCAAGAAGAUUGCGUUUAUGAAUCUUGGAAUGGCGUUUAGUGGUAUGAGUGCCAACGUUGUCCAUUUCCUUGUCGCCAAAUGUCUACCUGCAGGGGCUGAGCUGAGUUACUGGUCCGUAUACUGGCAACUUCUCUAUGCUAUCAUUUUGUCUAUGGUUGCUGGUAUCAUGUUCACCAUAGUAGUUAUAUUCGACAGGUUUGGACCCCCGAAACCGGACUACAGCUCCGGCGGCAGUUUCCCAGAUGUAGUUGAGGCAUUGCAAACUGGUUUGCCAUUUAUUACUAUGAUUUGUCUUGGUUGGGGUCUUACGUUCGGUGUAUAUCCUAAUGUGGCACCGUUUAGUUUGGUUGGAUUUAUGGAUGCACAACUCGCUUUGCGUCUGAUUAUGUGCAUGCAAGCUGUUAUUGGUAUUGCUGUCGUUUUGUUGAACGAAAAGUGUAAUUUGUGGAAAAGCUGGAACCAACAACCGCACUAUUAUGCUUCCAUGCUCCUCUUCAUACCAUACUUUGGUUGUGCCAUUUGCUUCUUUAUUGCCAUGCAUUACCCAGAAUCCGCGAUCGGAUCAAAGAUUUACAUGAACAAAAAGCUUGUCUGUUUUAUGACGUGUCUAUUUGUUGGUUGUGCUUAUGUUUUAAUGAGCAUGGGUUGGUCUGGGUUUUUCAUGACCAUGGAAGGAACGAAAGAUACGACCCCAGGUGGUCGUUUAGUUGUCAUGGCUGCCACUGGGCUUGGUUUCAUGGUGAUAUUGGUUCUCACGAAGUAUUUGGGUCAAGGUUAUCUUAGAGCUUUCCGUGAGGCGAAGAGUGGUUUGGAAUCCGGUCUCCCAUGGCCAACACACGGCAAGAAUGGCGCGGCCGCGUUCUUCUACUGGGUCGGCAAAGGUUUCAGUGGCGGUUUUAGAACCUUACUAAGCAACUUCACGACAGAUAUCCGUACCAAGAUUUUGGUAUGA